CUGGGAUAGAUCGGCAUUCAGUAAAAAAAAGUUGCUUUAUUCACAUAAUUUUUUUCUCGGAAUCGUGUAUAUAUUAUACCAAACAACGACCAUAGACGACACAAACAAACAAUCAUGGCAUCAUCGAAUUAUACUGUAUCUGAUCUGAUACCCCGGAUUCAACAAAACAUUGAUUCCAUGGAAUAUCCCAUGGCGUAUGCUUUUUGUAAAAAAGCAUUAGAGCUCGAACCACAAAACCCGGAUAUUCUCGAAGUGACAGGCCAAGUUGAAAUGGAAUUAGAAUUGUUUGCUGAAGCAAGACAGCAUAUCUUAAACGCCAUUCAGCAAAAUCCAGAAGCAGGAUAUAGCAAAUACAUGUACCUGGGUCAACUUUCUGUGGAGAAGGAGGCUAUACAAGCAUUCGAGAAGGGCGUGAGCAUCAUGGUAAACGAACGCAGCCAGCAGCCAGAUGGCUCGGACGAAGCACGAGAUCUCUCCAGCAAAAUAGCAAGCGCGUUAUGUUCCAUGACAGAAAUUUACUUAACGGACUGCUGUUUUGAAAUAGAAGCAGAACAGAAAUGCGAAGAGUAUCUUUCACAAGCACAGCAGGCUGACCCUGAAAACUGUGAAGUUUACCAACUGUUGGCGUCCGUGCGGCUAAGCCAAACUAGAAAUGAAGAUGCGCGGGCAGCGUUACAGAAGAGCAUGGAGUUGUGGAUUAACAAGGAGCUUGGUGAUCCAGCAAUACCCAUCUAUGACUCGCGGCUCGCUUUGAUCAGGCUGCUCCUGGAGCUUAGCAUGUUUGAAUAUGCAUUCACUGUAUUGGAAGGCUUGCAAAAGGAGAACGAUCAGGUUGUCGAUCUAUGGUAUCUGUACGGUUGGGCGUAUUACUGUCUGGGAGAGGAUGAGAACCAGCCAGCUGAUGAACGCCAGGGUCAUUGGGAAGAUGCACGCGAUUGUCUGGAGACUGCAGUCAAGCUGUAUCAAAUUGUUGGAUCGGACGAUGAAGCUAUGCUUGAACACGCCCAUGAAUUGAUUGCAACGAUCAACACAGUUGUACCACCAUCAGCACCCGAAGAUGAGGGAGAUGUUGGAGGUGAUGUUGAGCUCGAUUUUGACGAUGACGAUAAGGAUGAUGCCAUGGAAAUGUAAUAUUACUUUAGGAGAGUUUUUUUUCUACACACGCCAUUCUAUAUAAUUUGUACUACCAUUUCCCCAUAUAUUAACGAUUGCAUGCAUUACAUACUACACACACACACACACACUCUCUCUCUCUCUCUCUCUCUCUUUAUACACACUGUAACUUUUUUUUUCCGCCAACACGCGUUUGAAUAUGCGGUGUAAUAUGGUUUGAACCUAAC